AAACUAUAGCAGGGUGACUGUUACCCCAAUGUUUUCUAUAUAUCUGUAGCUGCUCCUAAAGGCUCUGUUCUUUAAUUUCAGGUAGUAGAAUGCAUUGCGGAUGUGCCCCAAGUUCCUAUUGGCUGCCAGGACUGGCUUUCCCAGACUGGGCUUACAAGGCGGAGUCAAGUCCCGGCUCCCGACAGAUACAACUAUGGCAUUUUAUCUUGGAGCUGCUGCAGAAGGAGGAGUUUCGGCAUGUUAUUGCCUGGCAGCAAGGGGAAUAUGGAGAGUUUGUGAUCAAGGACCCGGAUGAAGUGGCCAGGCUGUGGGGCCGGCGCAAAUGCAAACCUCAGAUGAACUACGACAAACUGAGCCGAGCGCUAAGGUACUACUACAACAAGCGCAUCCUACACAAGACCAAAGGGAAGAGAUUCACCUAUAAAUUCAACUUCAGCAAGUUAAUCUUUGUCAACUACCCUGUAUGGGAUGUGCGUUGCCCUCCCCAGCCUGUCCUCAUGGGGAGCAAUGUCUGUCGCUCGCCUGUAGUGCCCCCUGGUGUGCAGAGAGAGGUCCUACAGAACACCCUCCUGGCCCACAAGCUCCUGGCCAACCAGCUCACCCGCCGCAGAGUGAUCCCGAGCCCGAUGGAGUACGACAGGUGUCUAGAGAAAAAGUCACCAAGUAUCGGCCGCUGCAGUCCUGCCACAUGUUUUUUGGGCCCCUACUGCCAUUUUGGCCUGAAUGAUGGAACCCUCUACGCCCCUCCUACCCCAGCGGAGCUGCGUUCCUCAGGCUUCUCCACUCCCACUGGUCGAUCUUUCUGCUCUUCAUCUCCAAUGGCUCUUCAAGGUACUUCUGAUUGGUCAAUGUGCUCAGGUCGCCUGUUGCACCAUGGCCAGCCGUUCUUAUCAUUGGAGGAGAGAAUCCAGAGUCUUGGUCAACGACUUCCCGGAGGUUCAUUCUCUGGCCAUUGGCUGGGGCAGCCCAAAGAAAGCCUGACGUUCCUACCUCCACCAGCAGAAAUUAAAGGGCAACUAGAUAUCUGCCAGGUGACCUCUGCUGUGAAACCUGACCCAGAGGUAGAACUAAGAUCCCUGGAACAAGAAAAUGUCUUCCUGGAUUUUCAUGAAAAAAAUAAGGUCCCCGUUGGCCCACAUGGGAACCAGAGUGCUCACAGUAAGCCCCCGCUCUCCGCUGACACCACACAUCUGCCUAAAGUCAGCUCCAACUGGUUGGUUAAACCAACAUAGUUCCUGGCUUGGUCAAUCAGCACCCCCUAGUGUUCAGUAAUAGGUAUAGACUGUAUAUACUGUGUGUUCCUAUGACAUUGAUACUCCAUGACAUUCCUUUUCCCUGCCAACACAGCAGUGAUGCCAACGGAACAUUGCUUGGUGCCCUCAAUAACAAUAAAGCUUAUUCUACCAUCUGUCUUGUGUGCAUAUCUACAGUGUAUUCAUUCCUAUACGUUGCUGAUGGGGUCGUCCGAUUGGUCCCUAGAUCACCCGUGUGACGAAAUAUCACAUUCUGCAGUUGAGCAGGUCCUGCAGAAAUCAACUGAAUAUGGUAGGGUUAGG